GAGCCUCUCACUGAGCUAGCGCCUGGCAGAAGCGUCAGUUGGUGCUUGGCAGCCGGGAAGGGUGUAUAGUGUUCGCCACAAUGCCGAUGGAAACGGCCAACAUGUUCAAUCCUGCCUCCAAAGUAUCCAAAAUAUCUCACUGCUCUUCUAUGGAGCAGUACAAGCAGAUGCACGACAAAUCCCUCAAAGAUCCCGAAGCAUUCUGGGGGGAGAUAACCAAGGAGUUCCAUUUCGAGGAGAAGGUGAAGGGCAAGUUCCUCGACUACAAUUUUGACAUAACGAAGGGAAAAAUAUUCGUGCGCUGGUUAGAAGGAGCCAAGACCAACAUUUGCUACAACUGUCUGGAUCGUCAUGUCCUGGCCGGCAAGGGGGACCAGGUCGCUUUCUACUGGGAAGGGAACGACCCUGCUGAUGCCGAAGUGGUAACCUACGGAGAGCUGCUGAAGGAUGUAUGUCGUGUGGCCAACGUGUUGAAGGCGAAGGGUGUGGCCAAGGGGGACCGAGUGGCCAUCUACAUGCCCAUGGUGAAGCACCUGGUGGUGGCCAUGCUUGCCGUGGCCAGGAUAGGGGCCGUUCACUCCAUUGUGUUUGGUGGAUACUCUGCUGACAGUUUGGCUGACCGCAUGAUGGAUGCUCAAGCCUCUGUGCUCAUUACUGCUGAUGCUGUGUGGAGAGGACCCAAGCUCAUUGCCCUUAAAGAAAUUGCUGAUGAUGCACUCAAGCUGUGCAGUGCCAAGGACUUGAAGGUGAAGAUGAACCUGGUGGUGCAACACAUGAACAAAGUUACAGCUCCUCAGCCUGCAUCCAAUGGCACAGCAGCUAAUGGCAAUGUGGCCAAGAAGACCCACUUUGAUGACAAGGGCAACUUUAAGGUGAACUGGGAUCCCUCGGUGGACGUGUGGUGGCAUGAGGCGUUGUCUACAGUGAGCAGCGAGUGCGACCCAGUCUGGAUGGACACUGAGGAUCCACUCUUCAUGCUCUACACCAGUGGCAGCACAGGCAAGCCCAAGGGGGUGCAGCACACCAUUGGAGGCUACAUGCUGUACACUGCCACCACCUUCAAGUACUCCUUUGAUUACCACCAGGGAGAUGUUUACUUUUGCACUGCAGACAUUGGCUGGAUCACGGGCCACUCUUAUGUCACCUAUGGUCCAUUGUUAAAUGGAGCCACAUCCGUCCUGUUUGAGGGUGUGCCCACGUAUCCUCACACUGGUCGAUUCUGGGAAAUCAUUGAGAAAUACAAAGUAAGCAAGUUCUACACGGCUCCCACAGCUAUAAGAGCUCUCAUGAAGUUUGGAGAUGAACCUGUGAAAAAGUAUGACCUGUCAAGCCUGGCAGUGCUAGGAAGUGUUGGAGAGCCCAUCAAUCCUGAAGCAUGGCUGUGGUACUAUCGUGUGGUUGGUGAUAGUAAUGUCUCCAUUGUGGACACUUUUUGGCAAACAGAAACUGGAGGCCAUGUUAUCACUCCCCUUCCUGGAGCUACACCCUGCAAGCCAGGAUCUGCUUGUUUCCCAUUCUUUGGUGUGGAUGUCGCUCUGCUGGAUGAGGAGGGUCGAGAGAUUAAGGGCGAGGGUGAAGGCUAUUUAGUGUUCUGCCGACCUUGGCCAGGCAUGAUGCGCACUGUGUAUGGCAACCACGAGCGCUUUGAAACUACUUACUUCAAAAAGUUCCCUGGAUUCUACUGCACUGGAGAUGGUGCAAGAAGGGACAGUGAUGGCUACAUCUGGGUGACUGGAAGGAUUGAUGAUAUGUUGAAUGUCUCAGGCCACCUCUUGUCUACAGCACAGGUUGAGAGCUCACUAGUCGAGCACCCAUCUGUGGCAGAAGCAGCUGCAGUGGCACGACCUCACAGCAUCAAAGGAGAGUGUCUUUACUGCUUUGUGACACUCACUGAGGGCAACAGCUUUGAAGACAAACUAAUUGCAGAACUCAAGAAUAAAGUUCGAUCUAAGAUUGGAGCAUUUGCCUCACCAGACUUUAUUCAGCUUGCACCAGGUCUACCCAAGACUAGGUCUGGUAAAAUUAUGAGGAGAGUGCUGCGCAAGAUAGCAGUUGGAGAUAAGGACUUUGGGGAUAUCUCUACAUUGGCUGAUCCAAGUAUUGUUGAAAAGCUUUUUGAACUUAGACCCAAGGAGAGCAAAAAGUAGAUUGUCAGACAAUAGACACUGUCUGAGAUUGAUUUAUAUUUUGAGUAUAAUUUGUAUUGAAUUGCAGGGUACUUCAAAUAUUUUGUCAUUUUUGUUUGGUGAAAUUGAAUAGAGUAAUCAAACAAUUGUCAAUGUUUGUCAAAUCAUGUAAUACUCUACCAACAUAUCCCGUAUGCAACACCAGUGUUCUAAGCCACAUUGAAUGGGGCUUGCUGGUGUUCUCAGUGGGCUAAAGUUCUCACAACUAAAGGUUCCGUGAUACCAGAUAGGUACCAUGUAAGUUAAGUAUCUGUUGUGGUUGUGGAAAUAGUUUACUUUUCUUGUGGGGGUCUUUAAUUAACAGUAUUCUUCAGUCAGUUUGAAAUUUUGUACAGGUGUUUUAGACAAACAUUUCAUUGAUGCUGUCUUGGAAUUGCGGCAGCUGUUUAUCAUUCCUUUCUUUUAUAGUGUUGAAUGUCAUAUGAUGACAUCAUUGAAAUAAAGUUAUUUUUAUAUUUUGAUGUUUUAUCUUGUUCACUUUACUAUUAUAAUACUGCUAAUUUGCUUUUAUUGUUUACUUUGAUGACAGUUACGGAAAUGAACAAUGACUCAAAUGUGACUCCUACAUACAUAAUGAAUUAUCAUUAAUGGAUAUAAAAUAUAUCAUGUUGCCUUCAUCUACACAUACUUUCCCUGUGUGGAAAGUAAGUUUGGGUGAGUGUUCCUAGAAAUAUAGAUUCUGUUAUGGCCUUCCUGAAGAUGUCUCUCUCAGGUUUAAAGUGAGUGUGGGAUCUUGGUGGAACAAGCCCGUCCAGAGGCAGCAACAGAAAUAAAUGAACUGGGUACUGAAGAACUAAUCAAUGGGACAACUCUGUCCAAUUUUGAGGUGGCAGGUAGUGACAGUUGAUAUGUAAGAAAAGACAUGAGAUGAGACCCUGAGCCAAGAUCUAAAAAGGUAAAGAAAAUGAAGAAAUUACACAAGAAUGUAGUUUGGUGAGCUGCCACAUUGACUGAAAUUAGCCUAUAUACAGUAAGCAUGAAGCUUGACUUUCAGUGAUGGUGAUAAUGAACAAUGGUACUUACAAAUGGAUUUCACUGGGGUAAAACUUUACUAUCAAGUUCAUGCCCUAAUGAAAAUAUGUAAUAUUCAAAAUUAUACAAGUAAUGAUCUUAAGUUAGUGAAAAAUACUUAUUAUUUUCUUCAAUACUUAUUUGUUUUGUAAAUGGUAUAAUGAGACCAAAGUAUCUUCUCAGAUAUGGAAUUGAUCAAUAUUACUUUAACUGCUGCAUAACUAGUUCAUCAAGGAGUCUUGGCUUUAAAGGCAUGAUUGCUAAGAGCAAGUAGUUUCCCUGUGUCAUAGGACUACAUGAAAACUUUACAAUUUAGUUUUCUUUUUAGAGUUUUAUUGUUGAGAACAGAACUGAGAUGAUGUUGACAGGUUCACUGAAAAAUGUCCUCUAUGACUGAAGUAUCAAAUUGCAAAUGCAUAUUGAAAAUAAAACUGAUCUUAGAGCACUGCCCUGUAGACAAAAAUGACAAGACUAUUUAUUAUUUCUAGAAACACAAUUAAGUCUUAUACAAAUAUCAAAAUUAACCCACAUAAACUAUACUUUGUGAGCUUUGUGUUAUGUUGGGAGUUGUUACAAAGUUGUAAUGAGUCUAGUCACAGUGAAAGUGGCCAGGAUCAAUAGUAUUUUCUAUUGAAUACAUUAAAGAAAAAUAUUUUGGCUAUGCAAAUUUCUUUUACUUUUCUUUUAUAAUGCCUUACAAUCUAUAAUGACCACCAGUAUUUGUAAAAUGUUGACUCAAUUGAUUCCUGCUACCUUAACUGUUUUAUGAAAUGAAUGAGCUCAAAAUAAGAUACUACUUGUAUAUGAUACUAAUGUGAGAUCAGUGAGGUGUGAGCCACUUUCCACUCUAGUCAUGUCCUUUUUGGAAAAGUAGCAAUGAUAAUUUCUGCAUAAAAGACAAACCAUGAUAAUACAUAAAUCUAAUACAUAAAUCUUAUGAACGUGUGAGGUGUGAUAUAUGAAUUAAGGGCAAGAAAUUUAUUGAAAUGUUCACUAAAGUGUACUUCUUUUGCCUGAGAAUUGUCUGGUUGUCUAUCAAAUGUUUAUGAAGAAUUAUUGUUCUAGGUAUUGUUGAAGUUAUUGAAUGAAACUACUUGUUAAAUGUUAUGUUAUGCCUGAUAUGUUAGUCACUGUUGCUAAAGGUCCUGUGACAAAGUGUUUUGUUCUUAAAAGGUUUUGAACAUAGUAAUUGAUAUCUUAUAAAAAAAUGUUGAAUGAUAUUGGUGUGGGAAGAAAAUAUUCUGAAAUAAAAAAGGAGAAAAAUCCUUCAAAUUUUCAGAAGAGUGAAAAAGAGCAACAGCAUGACAUAGUGACAUAACAAAUUCAAUGGUUAAUCUCUAAUUGUCAGUCUUGUGAUCUGCACUUUUGCCUCCCAAAGUGUGUAUGUACACAGCAGCAGCUUCUAGCUUGUGAAAAGUCAUGUGACCUGUCUUGGUAUGCUGGUAUUGCACAGUAUACAGAAUCUGGAUACUUAUUUAAUUUCCACUAUCAUGUCCAGAAAUUGGUAUUAUACUAUCGGAAUGAAGAUGGUUUUCAUUUAGAUUUUUGUAGAGCAUGUGAUUGUUUUUGUCACAGGAUUGUGUUUCUUGGCAUUAAAGUCUAAAUGAAUAGAAGAAUCAAUCUUUGAUUUGGUACUAUGACAUUGUAUUAGAAAUCAGGACAGAGAACAUAUUAUACGGUGAUGUAAGGCAAAGUGAUACUUAUGCAUGUGACCAUAUCAUUUUGUUGGGUUAAGAGCUUCCUUGUUAGAACUGGCUUUAAACUGCAUACAACAAAGAUUAAUGUUUUAUGUGCAAUGACUAAGUAAAGAGAGAGGAAGAAAUAAGUGAACAGUGCACAUUUUGGGAGGUUAGCCAGUAGGGACCUGCACUCAAUAGAAAAACAAAAUGGACUGAAGAAAAAGAGAAUUUGUGUAAGUGUUGUAGAAAUAUGUAUUUAUUGAAUGGCUCUAACUGUACUGAAAUAUUUUUUGCACAUUGAAGUUAGAUUUGCACUGUAGAAUAAUAUCAUAGCUGAGAUGUGUGGAUGGGGAUUCAAUCAUUUUAUUUCGCAAGCAGAAAUUAGUUGUCUUAUUCGUAGUAAACAAUAUCAGAUGUAAAUUUGGUUAACCAAUGUCUAAAUAUUUGUGGGUUUGGCUGUGUUUAUUUGAAAGGUAUUUAAGUAAAAACUACAUAAUUUAGAAUGUUUUGAGUACAUUUUUUGUUAAGGGAUAUGACCUGUACUUGGAACUGAAUAAGUCUACUAGUUACAGUGGAAGAAAAUCCAACAUAUCAUUUAUACUGAAUGUUAUUUCUCACAUUCCAGUGUCUUGCUUCUGAUUUUUUUUAUAUACUACAUGGAUUACUAUGUACUUUUUUAUUUAUUAUUUUUCUUAAUUUUUUUGAAAUUAAAUAAGAGUGAAUCAGAAUGUGUAUGA